AUGGCUGAAUCACCGCACCGAGAAGAGAAGCCGCGCAAUCGCGUCGUCGAUUCCAUCAGCAGGAGGGCCGAGAAUGCUCUCAAGGAAGACUACGGGAAAGCGAGGGUCAUGGCCUCUGACGCCGUCCAGAGCCAGGCAUAUCUCUAUCCCAUCAAGGGCAUCUUCUACUUCCUCGCUCACCGGAGCUUAUGGCAGCCGCUGAUUGACCGAAUCAUCCCUUAUGGCACGCUCACAAUCUCUGUCAUUGCUGCCAUGUUUACCUUUACGUACCUACCACAGCUUGCAGUUCUCUUGCUCUUCAAUGGCCCAUUGGCUGUAUAUUCUACAGUUUUACUCACGCUCAACGAAAGUUCCAUCCUCAUUCACAUGAUUUCCCGCACUUGGAUACUCCAGGAAGCUCUCAUGGAUACCUUUGACGGAACACUGGUUUCGAGAAACGCAACGGCCGUUGUCCAACAAGGUCGAGAGGUGAAACCUGGUAGUGAUCCCAUGAAGAAACUAGGCAAGGUAUUCAAGAAGCGGUUUGAUAAGAUGAGCCUCACUGCAAUGGUCCGAUAUUUCAUGUACCUACCUCUCAACUUUAUCCCCGUCGUGGGCACCAUCGCUUUUAUUUUUCUUCAUGGUAAACACAGAGGCAAGGUCGUACACAGUCGAUAUUUUCAACUCAAGAGCUGGUCCGAGUCACAGAGGACGCAGUGGCUCAAUAACCACACUGGAGCUUAUGCAUCCUUUGGCGUCGUUGCGACUCUUCUGGAGAUGAUCCCGGUGGCGUCCAUCUUCUUCUCCUACACAAACACCGUUGGUGCUGCCCUUUGGGCUGCUGAUAUUGAAUCGCAAAAUAACGCCAUGGUCAAGGAGACUGCCCCAAAUCUCAGGCAGGCAGCCGAGAAUGCGAAAGAACUUUAG